AUGAAGCAAUUUUAUGAAGAGCAGGACGAUACGUCACGACAAGAUAUUGACGAGAUAUUUUCAGUACUGUCCGUGGUAAAAUUUGGAGGCUUCGAUGUACUUGAAACUUUGAAUCACACACAAGAAUAUUAUUCCAAAUACUCCUUCAUCAAUUUGAAUGACAUACUAAAUGAGACCCGAAGACCAUGCGAGGGAAUGUUCGAUGAAAAUGAUAAUAAUAGAUGUUGGUGGAGGAACAAUUUCUUCAACUGCUGUGAGGGUUUCGAGUUGCAACAAACCUCCCACGGGUACUGCUACUCCUUUAACUCUGAUGUCUCGGCAGAGAGUAAAAAGCUGUCGCUGAGUUAUGGCCUUUAUGACGACGAUAAUUUUUGGGUGGACUGGCGAGAGGAGAAAAGGCCGCGAAGAACGAUCACCGACGGCCCUUGGUCGGGGCUCCGAUUUACCAUCAAAACCCUUCCCAUUCCCGAUGGAGUCGACGCUGAGCAAGGCGUCUUGGUCCUGUUAGACGAUCCGAGCGCUUACAAUGCCCAGAAUGUAAUCUUCAUCAAGGAGGGUCUGUCGGGGGACAUAGAGGUGUGGGGGGACGCCGUGAAGACUAGCGAGCGCCUGGGGGCUGUGUCCGCCGAAAAAAGGAACUGCUUCUUCCCCUUCGAGACGAAGCGAAUGAACAGGGGCUACCUCCAGAAGAACUGUAUCACCGAAUGCUGUCUCGAUCACGCGGUAGAAUUUUGCAACUGCACGCCGGAUUUCAUGUUUCAACCCUUUGACGAAGGCAACGUCCGACCAGCUUGCGAUAUUAUGGGUUUGAUUUGUUUGAUGAAACACAACGUCGCACUGUCCAACGAAAGGCUGAAAUCGAAGUCACCACCUAUGCCCAUGGAGGAUGAAAGUAUACUUUGCGAUUGCCCGGAGGACUGCGAUGAGCAGAUGUACGACGCAAGUCUCUCCACGUCUAUAUCAACCGGAGGGGAAAACACAAUUCAAGUGGAUGUACAUUUCCGGAGCUCGUUCUGUAUCCAAUACCAAACGGAUCUGGUGUUCUCUUUUAUGGACGCUCUUAUCUCUUUCGGUAACAGUGCUGGCCUCUUCCUGGGAGUUUCCUUACUCGGUGUGGCUGAUAUCCUCCUCUUUUUUAUCAUCCGAUGCUUCCGGCUCUUCCGGUUUUUCCGAGCACUGCGGGUUCCGGUCAAAGUUGCAGUGUUGCAAGUUGAAGGACAUCUAUAG